AUGGAUCCAUUAGAUGAAUUAUUUGGGGAUAUGGAUAUGAAUGAACUCGUCCAUAUCCAUGCCCAGAAUUAUAAAAAUUAUUUGUACUCUUUAGAUCAAAAUUUUCCCGGCACUGCACCUAAUAUUCCUGAAGUUGGGGAACAACCAAUGGAAAAUGAGCAAUUAGAAAUCAUUGAGCCAAGUCAAAUCUAUGUAUCUAGUCAAUGUGUCGGUUCUGGUUUCUGUUCUCAAGUUUUCAUCGGUACUCACAAUGAUAGAGAAGUUGCAUGUAAACGUUGUUUAUUGAAGGGUGACAUGUUUUAUAACGAAGCCGCCAAUCUUAAACUACCAAACCCAACAAUAUUUUCCCAGAUUCUACUGGAUUCUCAAGUUAGACUAAUUCUAUUUUAUUAUUAUGGAAUUUGUCCAUGA